CAGAGGCUAGCCUCCAUGAGGAACCACACAGCUACCCACUUGUUAAACUUUGCACUCCGCCAAGUCUUGGGAGACUGCACAGAGCAACAGGGAUCCAGUGUGACUGCUGAGCAUCUGCGAUUUUUUGUCAACACCAAGGUCCCCAUAAAAACAGAGAACCUGCAAGAGGUAGAAAGUGUGGUGCAAGAGAUGAUCAAAAGGAAUGAAACUGUCUAUACAGGAAAUGCUCCCCUCAAUCAGACCAGUGAUGUUCUAGGACUCCGGAAACUGGAUACGGUGUAUCCCGAUCUGGUUCGUGUAGUGUCCGUAGGUAUCCCAGUUGAAAAGGUCUUGGCUGAGGAUUCUAAGCAUGCAAUGAAUACCUCGGUGGAACUGUGCUGUGGAGUGUGAGUAUUUUUGUCCUGUUUCUUUUAAAUCAGGAUGUUUUGUACAUGCCUUGACAGUGCAAAGUGGGUUUCCUC